GUACCCAGACACUCCAUGUAUGCCAUAUAUGCCUACAUUGACCCCUGAAACCACCCCAAUGUAGGCCUAUAUGGCACACAUGGAGUGUCUGGGAUAUAAGAAAAACCACAAAAACCACUCGCCACGUCAUCACUCGCUACUCUUCCAAUAAAAGCAAACGACCAACCCGUUGGGGCACAGGACGCCUUCUUUGUGCCCGUUUUCGUAGGGCUUUCGGUGGACCAUUCAGACAAGCUUGGCCUAACCGGGCCAAGCGAACGACCAUCAGUCAGUGUGGCUUGCUGGCUGGUUUUGCUGUUGGAAGCAUGUUUGCGUGACUGGUUUGUAGUCUUGUGCAGCGUAAAUUGAUCGAGAUGAGUUCAUAGUUUGAAUAUGUGAGGUAGACUCAUUUGUAGCGAUGGCUUUGUCAAUGAGUCGGAAACUGGGGAAGUCACUUCUGCUGUUCAGCUUUUGGUACAUGGAAUGCCUCCUGCAGGCAUUCGUACCAGGUGCACUCGUGAAUGCAAGGCAGUCUGCGCAAACACGGUUGGCAGCUGAAUCCAAGAAACGGCAGUUCCCUCCGUUGACAAGUCCGCAAAUCCUGAAGAACACGUGUUCGUUCCCUUGGAAGGUUAUGGACAGAAGAUAGAGGAUUUGUUUGAAGGAGAGGAGUUUGCGUUUGUUCGUGGAGGUGUUGGCGUGGGCAAAAGCACUUUGCGCUUGCACCUGGCACGGCAAAACCCGAAGUUUGUUAGUGUUCCUUUUGGUGAUGGAAAGUAUUGUGAAAACCAUUAUGACUGCGAUGCAGAGGAGUGUCAGAAAGGAUGAGAUGCAACUUGAGGAUGCAGUUUGCCUAGCGCAUGCAAACAAUCUGACACUGGUACUAGAUGAAGCCCAUACUAUCUUCAACCUCCCGGACCUUUGUGUGCUGCUUUUCAAGAGUGACACUCACCCCAAGUUGCUCUUGUUAUCAGCAUCAGGCGAGGGAAAGGGUAGCAGGGCAGUCACACCUUCCGAGAUCAAACAGAAGUUCUUUUGGACUCCUCCUGUCCCUGAAACGGAGGAUGCUCUUGAUGAACUUGUCAAGGGGUUGAAUGAGGCAGGCGUACACCUAGAUGCAAGAAGCGUGGCUUUCUUCCUCAAAUUUUGCGGCGGGCACCGAUCAAUUUAUGUUGCCGCGAUGAGAUGGGUCAAACAGAUGCAAGAUGAGACAAGUCAUUGGGCAUUUAGAGACACAGUCGCAAAAGUUCGAGCCAGCAUUAGCGAUGGCAGUUGGGCAACUGGCACGAUCUUGGGUGCACUUGCUGAAUCACGAGGAGUGAAGGUGAAUGGGAGAUACAGUGACCUUGACGUAGUGCAAAAAGAAUUCAUACAACGUCUUUGUGAAGGCCCAGGUAAUCUUUCUAAGGAGAUACGGCGUGAGUUGACCAUCCAGGGAUUUGUCAUCCCGGUCUCGGAAGGUAAUGAUGAGUUCCAGAGAGUAGAUUGGACAAGACCAGGUGCCACGUAUGCUGUUGCCAAUCCAAUUCUGGCUUCCUACUACAGGCAUCAAUUACAGAACUUUUGUGGAUUGAAAGUGCAUGUUGAACCGUUUGUGCCAGUCAAUUGUUUGGAUCUAUUGCUUCGCGCAAUUCCAUGUCUGACUUUUGCACAGGUGGUCUCCUUUGCCGCAGACCUUGAAUCAAAUUCCUCUCUGUCAGGGUCAGACUUGCCGUAUGAAGAGCAAUACAAUGCUGCCAUCCUACAUGCUCUGCAAAGAUUGGGGUAUCAGGCUUCUGCACCUUUAACCCCCCGCAAUGGCAAAGUUGAUGUACUGGUGCAGAUUAACCAGAUGGCUUUCAGCUUGGAAUGCAUCAUGGCAAAUCGUGGCCAGGAAAGCCACAUUGAGCAUCGCAAUCGCUUCGACAAUGAAAACCUGACAAACUAUUUCAAGGCUGACCACAAGGCACUGGUCACAAUCGGAAGUACAAAUGUUGCGCGUAAACGAGUCAAUGAGACAAGAGCUGAUGGUGUGGAGAUCGUCGGUUUGAUGCCAAACAUUGCGCAUACUGGCUACCACGUUCUGUACCGUGGCCUGGGGCCCAAAACAACCGAGCAGAUCAAGCGUUUCGCAUGUUUUCAACUACGUCUAUGUUUUUUAUGCUCGCUUCGAAGAAUUCCAAACGAGUGUGUAGAAUCAUUCCCUUAUUUUGUUCGGAAAGGUGCCGCUGAGGGUACAGAUUUGGUGGAGUACUAUGUCGAGUGCGACCUUGUAGCACGUGCGUUGGACCAUGAUCGAAUCCGCUGCAUCCAGAAGAUUUCGCACAUCAACCCACCUGGGAAACCUCCACGUCUAGACCAAGCCUUUGGAACCCAGACCAAAGCUGUUUGGGUGAGGCAACUGCAGCAGGAGAUUGGCAACGCUUUCCAAGUCAAGGGAGAAUUGCUGAACGUUGAUGACCUCAAAGAAACAAUCGAAAAGAAGGAGAAACUGUCCAUCGCCGCGUCCAAGAUUGACAUGUACAGCUCGAAGGAUGGAAAGUGGAUUUGGAAGAAGGAGGAGAAGAUGAGCGCAUGCCUUCGUGACAUUUCUGAAGAGAAUCCUUAUGGCUACAUUGUGCCAUAGCAGCUUGGUUGGUGCAAAGCUGAACCAAUUGGCACAAAGCGGAUUCAAUCCAACCUUUCUCGUGCAUGUCAUGAGCAGUGGACAAUUUCACCAAAUGUAUGAAACUCAUGUGACAACCUUAAGCAGCAAUUUUCACAAUUCAACACCUCAAUAACGAGCCAGCAAUGAUCGUGGAAUGAUCCCGCGACACAAAAAACCAGCUAUCAGCUGCCCCAGUCAAAGAAAACACUCCAAGAUGAUCCAAGUCUUGAAUAAAACGGGACCAAAGGAGAAGGAGAAGGAAGGCUGAAGAUCUUUUGUUUGGGAUCUUCAGGCACUUGCCUUUACCGACCCGAGCAUCGGAAACUUACCAGUCUCAGUCUCAGUGUUCUCAGUGUUUGGAAACUUCUUAGUGUUCUCAGUCUCAGUCAGACGUUCCUUUCCUUCAUUGUCCAGCCUUCAUUCACCCCGCGGUGGCCUCUCCAAACCGAACAAGCCAACGGCGUAUUUUCCAGACCACCAACCCCAGACCAUCCAUGCGACUGGAAGAAGAGUG